GCCCUCGCAUCGAGGUGGUGAUCGGCAGAUCGUUUGCUCUCUCAGAGCACACAACAGCUCACUGCAGAAGAUUUGCGGUUUGCUCAUCCCCUUUCUCUUUCGAUAUGUUUAUUGUUUCUUGAUCUUUCUGUUAAUGAUCGAACCGAAUUCAAAAAGGGAAUUCGGAUUUGACUGUAAAUCAAAUCUUCUUCCUGUAUCAGAUAUGGAUAGCCUAGUGGACUCUUUAAAUAACGCAUAUCAGGAGUUUGUUUCUGGAGCAGCCAAUGUCCUUGAAGCAAAUGAGGCCUCAGGGGCUCAGAAGACAGCAGCAACAGAUGCGGCUCUUGAAAAUUUCAAACAGAAAUGGGAGCUAUUCAGGGUUGCUUGUGAUCAAGCAGAGGAAUUUGUGGAGUCUGUGAAGCAGAGGAUAGGAUCAGAGUGCCUUGUUGAUGAGGCCACUGGUUCACUGGCUGGCAAGUCUGGGCAGGCCGCCGCCACCACCACCGGCCUUCCUCCGAUCAGCGCCAUUCGGUUGGAACAGAUGAGCAAAGCUGUGAGAUGGCUUGUGAUUGAGUUGCAGCAUGGGUCAGGAGCUGCUGCUGCUUCUGCUUCAGCACACUCCCACCCUUCUGCUCCCUUUGAUGCUAGAUUUACUGAGGAUGCAACACAAUAGAUACCCAUAUCUCAUGAGGCUAUAACAUAACCAGUUUCUUUGUCUUUUGCUUGAAUUUACUCUUUGGGAGAGGCAUUUAGUGCAAGAUAAAUGUCUUGAACUUCGACCGAAUGUGAAAAAUGAAUCCCUUCUCGUGUACCUACGGUUAAUCUAAUAGCUCAAACCCAUCGUUAACUGAUAUUGUACUCUUUGGACUUUUA